CCUGCUGGCGCAGCCUCUCUGAUUCUCUCUCCCUCUCCGCGUCCAGCGCUGGGCUUUUUCAGACAAGUGCAUCUCCUAACCAGGUCACAUUUCAGCCGCGACCCACCACCCGUCAGUCACCGGAGACAGACCGCAGGAGGAGGGCUGAGGAAGACGGCAGCGUUUGCUUCGCCAACAGCGGGGUGGCAGGAAGGACGUUAAAAUAUUGCAGAAGUCGAAACCCCUCAGGGCCAAUCCAGACCACGAUGCGCGCCCCGGGCUGCGGGCCGCUGGCGCUGCCGCUGCUGCUCCUCGCCGCAGCCGCCCUGGCCGAAGGCGACGCCAAAGGGCACAAGGAGGGCGAGACCCCCGGCAAUUUCAUGGAGGACGAGCAAUGGCUGUCGUCCAUCUCUCAGUACAGCGGCAAGAUCAAGCACUGGAACCGCUUCCGAGACGAGGUGGAGGAUGACUACAUCAAGAGCUGGGAGGACAAUCAGCAAGGAGAUGAAGCCCUGGACACCACCAAGGACCCCUGCCAGAAGGUGAAGUGUAGCCGCCACAAGGUGUGCAUCGCCCAGGGCUACCAGCGCGCCAUGUGCAUCAGCCGCAAGAAGCUGGAGCACAGGAUCAAGCAGCCCACCAUGAAAUUCCAUGGAAACAGAGACUCCAACUGCAAGCCCUGCCACAUGGCCCAGCUCGCCUCCGUCUGCGGCUCUGAUGGUCACACUUACAGCUCGGUGUGUAAGCUGGAGCAGCAGGCGUGCCUGAGCAGCAAGCAGCUGACCGUGAGGUGCGAGGGCCCUUGCCCCUGCCCCACGGAGCAGGCCGCCACCUCCACCGCCGAUGGCAAACCAGAGACCUGCACGGGUCAGGACCUAGCCGACCUGGGAGAUCGGCUGCGGGACUGGUUCCAGCUCCUUCAUGAGAACUCCAAGCAGAAUGGCUCAGCCAACAGCGCCGCCAGCCCGGCCAGCGGGCUGGACAAGAACCUGGGGGCCAGCUGCAAAGACUCCAUCGGCUGGAUGUUCUCCAAGCUGGACACCAGUGCUGACCUCUUCCUGGACCAGACGGAGCUGGCCGCCAUCAAUCUGGACAAGUACGAGGUCUGCAUCCGCCCCUUCUUCAAUUCCUGCGACACCUACAAGGACGGCCGGGUGUCCACCGCCGAGUGGUGCUUCUGCUUCUGGAGGGAGAAGCCCCCCUGCCUGGCGGAGCUGGAACGCAUCCAGAUCCAGGAGGCCGCCAAGAAGAAGAUAGGCGGCUUCAUCCCGAGCUGCGACGAGGACGGCUACUACCGGAAGAUGCAGUGUGACCAGAGGAGCGGCGACUGCUGGUGUGUGGACCAGCUGGGCCUGGAGCUGACCAGCACGCGCAUGCGCGGGAGCCCCGACUGUGACGACAUCGUGGGCUUCUCCGGGGACUUUGGGAGUGGUGUCGGCUGGGAGGAUGAGGAGGAGAAGGAGCCGGAGGAAGUAGGCGAGGAGGCUGAGGAGGAGGAGGGCGAGGCGGGCGAGGCGGACGAUGGAGGCUACAUCUGGUAGACGCCCUCGAGCAGAGGCGGGGCGCGCCAGCGGGGACCUGAGCAGAAGCGGGCAGCCUGGCGAAUGGAUCCGGAAAAUGCAAUCAGAAGGACCCUGGCUCCAACUGGGAGGACUGGAGGUGUGAGUGUGCAUGGCGCGCGUGUGGCACGUGUGGCUGGCACGGAUGAGUGUGUGUGCGUGUGGCGUGCGCUGACAAACGUGUCCUUGAUCCACGCUGCUCCCGGCAGAGUGAGUCACCCAAAGGCCCCUUCGUCCUCCUUGUAGCUAUUUUCUUCCCAUUUGUUGUUGGUCUUAAAACACACACAUUCACACACAUACACA